UCAAACAACAGCAAAAAUGGAAAACGUUUUGAAUAAACAAUUUGUAAAAUUAAAAGAAGCAAUGGAUGAAAUUCUGGAUUUGAAACAAACUGGACACGUUUUUGAGUUAAAGCAAUCUUCGGCCGCUUUGAUGUUUGUUGCACUCAAGCAUUCCAACCGGGAAGUUAAGCGAAGCAUUAAAUCUGGAAGAGACGAAUUGCAUUUAGAGAAGUCAAAAGUUGACCUCAGCAGAUUGCAUUUGCAAAAUCUGUUGUACGAAGUCAGCCAUCUAAAGAAGGAGAUUGUCCGUUGCCAGAAAUUCAAGAGUCGCGAUGCCUACUUGGAACUAUUGUCUGAUAAAGAGUAUUCCAGCAAAUUUGCGGCUGAUUCCAAGGAAACAGCUAAUAUGACUAACCACAAAACACAUCUAUACCGUUUGGAGUGCGAGCUACGAUUGCGUAAAGAACUGGAUAAUCAGUAUAGCACCUUGCUGACAUCGAAGCAAGAAUUACUGCAGGAAAAUCUGAAUCAAACUCAAAGAUACCUUUCAUUUGCUCCAGCCUUGCGAACUUUGCUAGAUUCAACAAAGCCAUUGCACGAUGCUCUGCAACUCUCCCUUGACGUUGAAUGGAAACUGAGCUCAAUUGUUAAAUAUUUGCCAAGGCCAUUGUAUAUUUUAUUUAUAAACCUCGAGUCCUUGCAACGUGCAAAUCACGGAUUUUCGUUUAAACCUGAAAUAAUUGGUUUUGAGAGUGAUGUACAAAUGCAAGCAUUGCUUCUAGAAACGGAAAAUUCUUUAAAGGAGCGUCGACAUUUUCAAGAAGUGAAUAAUCCAUCGGAGACAACAGUUAAUAAUGUGUUGGAACGAGCGCUUAAGGCUCAUCCACUUCAUAUACGCCUGGUUAUGGAAACCCUAGACAAGUCUUAUGAAUUGGUAUUAUUCGUACGUUAUUGGACAUUACUUAAAUGCUGCACAGUACAUGCGCAAUUAAAUAGUUUUAAUACUACAAAUGUUCAAGGAGAUACAAAUUUGCUGCAAAAUCUACUUGGACAUUUGUAUCCCAACGACGUGGGAAAUAAUAUCCCUGUGCCAGGCAUUGAGUAUGAGUUGCAAAACUUAAAUUUGAGCUCUGAGGAAUGUUUGGAAUACCUUGUUAAAAAUGGAUUUGGAAAACCAUAUUGUUGGGUACAAAACAUGUGCUCAAUAGCGACCGUCAAUAAAAAUAAGUUAUUCAAUCAUGAACUAAACUUACAUAAGUGGACUCGUGAGGUAUUCGCUAAAAUCUCGAAACGCUUGCACUCCUGGAUGAGAUUAACCCAACAAGUUCGUGCUUUGACCUAUAAGGAUGUCGAUUUGUACACUUUAAAGGAAAAUAUCUAUCCGGAAGGGCUGUCAUGCAGUCUUGUGCAAUGGACUGUCAUAUCUACGGAAGAAUUCAAUAUUCAAAAUUCCGAUUUGCUAACUAAUUUGUCGUCUCACAAUGAAAUCACAUAUACUUCCUACAGAGCUGUGAUCGUACGUGGAUCCGCUAAAAUGGAGUGCUUUAUUAGAAUACCAAGCAAUUAUCCAAUGGAAAUCCCACUUUGGAUUUUAAGCGUGCACUGGAAUGGACGACACACAGCAAUGAAUAAUUCAGCUAUCAAGAUGAUGGAGUACUGGACAAACUCGUUACAGCCCAAGGAUUUGGAGAAGAAUCAUCGACUGCUUUAUGCACAGCUCUUUCGCACCAUUUACAGUUUUGAUAUAUUCCUCGAGACAGAAGGAUCUAUGCAGACCACCAGGGAAUACAACAAAGAGAAACCAUACAUUAGCGCAUUCGCAAAGCGUAUUCGCUUACGCCCGUUCAGAUAUAUAGCUAAGGGUUCUAUACACACUUUUAAACAAUAAAUGAAAUGAAAUAUA